GCAGACACCACAAACAGUUGAGUAUUGUUUGUCUGGUCACACGGCCACUCAUUGCAUACAGAAGUCCUUCACGUCGACCCGGAUCAACACCUCUCAUUUCUUGGCCAUCUGCGACUUCCACAGGCUCAUCACUGCACGCCAGAAGCUUACGUCAACUUCGUGUAUCGCUGUUUAACAUCUCGAUCCUAGCAUGGUAGCCUGGCUACCCAGCAUCCCAUAUCCGCCUGCUAGGGACGAUGGAUACUGGGCUCCCAUAACGUCCACCUUGGACUGGUGUGAAGAGAAUUACUACGCGACUCAAUACUCGGCAGAAAUCAUCAACACUUUAACGAAUCUGCUGUUCAUCUACCUGGCCUAUCGAGGCGCCCGGAAUUGCAUCCAAUAUGGACAUGAUCGCAUUUUCCUCAUCACAUUUAUUGGAUAUUUCUUGGUCGGCUCAGGCUCCUUCGCAUUCCACUCCACGCUCCUGUACCCAUUCCAGCUGGUCGAUGAGCUUUCCAUGAUUUACACCACCUGCCUCAUGUUCUUUGCGACAUUCGCUCACAAAAGGUCACAAUGGAUACAAAUCUCGAUUGCACUAGGAACCACUGGCCUUGCCAUUUUUAUAACUCUGUAUUAUCAUUACUUGCAGGAUCCGACAUUUCACCAAAAUGCGUAUGCGCUCCUCACGAUCAUCGUCCUCAGCAGAAGCAUGUACAUCAUGGAGAGGGACAUUCGACCUUAUUUCCGAGGCCGCAAGGAGGAGCAUGAGCGGAUGAGGAGAGACAAGACCGUUUCUGAUGCGACACGAGCACAGGAACAACAAUUGGAUGAAAGAGACCGAUGGAUUCUGAAGCAGAUGUGGACAAUGAUUGCACUUGGAAUGACCCUAUUCCUGGGAGGCUUUGCAGUUUGGAAUCUGGACAACGAAUACUGUUCCACGAUCCGCAGAUGGAGACAUGAAAUCGGGUUGCCAUGGGGAAUCCUCCUUGAAGGUCACGGCUGGUGGCAUUUGGGGACCGGUUUGGGCGCGUAUUUCUACAUCGUUUGGGGCAUUUGGCUGCGACACUGUCUGAACGGGCGGGCAGACGAGUUCGAGUUGAGUUGGUCUAGUUUCAUCUCUCUGCCAGAGAUCGUGCGCAGCCGACAGUCAGCGAUGAACGGGAGUGCAAAAAAGAAGCUGCGCUGAUCAGAGCGAAAAUUGGCGACUGGAAAUCUGCAUGUGACGCUCGCGCCAUCAUGACUGGCGCUUUUACAUCAUGAUCGGCGAAGCGGUGCGAGUGCGACGCGUCCAAGAAGCGAAAUACCCGUGGUUGCGCGCUUUUUGCUAAUGCUCGUGAGAAGACUGCUAUGGGGUACUGUGCGCGAACUCCGAUCAGCACACAGCUUCAGCGUACUCGACCGCUUCGAGUCAAGCCCGGCCUGCAGCUGCAGAGUGUCUUUGGACGGUAGCCGGCGCAUAUGCAGACCAUCGGAGCACGGUGCUUUGCUCGAGCGACACUUGGCACCGGCUGCAGACCAAAGCGGAGUGAGAUAGCACGCCUGGUCAACGAGCAGAUGUUGACACAGCAGGCUCAUAUAGACGCG